AUGACGAGGCUUUCCCAGGCGAGGGACUCUGCCAUCGAAAGGCCAUCCUGCUCUUUAUUCAUCUGCUAUCGCUUCGGCUCGGCCGCCUCCAGGACAUCGUGCAAAGGGAGCUCAUUUGCUGCAAUUUUCAUCAAUUGUCUACGAGUUUUUCAGUCCCAGGGCUGGACAAAUCUCCCUUGGGUACUCGAGAAAGGAGCAUGCUCUUGGAGACAUCAUCUCUCCUUGGAAGACUCUCCAAAUUCGUUUGCUCCACACCGUUUCAGACAACUCAAGUUGGAGGGUUUUUCUACGCUGAGAAUUUUGUGUACAAGCACUCUGCCCCUACUCACCCCGUCGCUGUGUCACCCUGUCCUCUUCUGGGCCAAUCUCCUUAUCGAGCAGGACAUCCCAAACCCCUUGUGCCCACCUCUGCUUGCAGCAGAGCCAGGGUGGGGGUUCAGAGGUAUUGUGGCGUACAAAAGUCUAUGGGCUUUGAACAAAACUUCAGCUUCCCAGCCUCUAAAUCACUUAAAGUGGGACCUGACUGGCUGCAGAAGGCGUUUGAGUACCCGGCCUUGGCUAAGUCAGCGCGCACCUGAGGAGCCUCAGUCACGCAGCACAGGGCACGUGCCACUGGGCUGCCCAGGAUCUGCACCACCUCAACUGGAUCAACUCUCCGCUUUGGCAAACCAACCCUCCGUUCCGCUCUCGCGGAUGUUUGCUGCAGCACAGAAACCCCUUAACCACAGGGUUUGUGAGACCACGGAAACGCGCAGGAGACAGGAGAACUUCAUUAUUCUUUACAUGACUGUUCUUCGCUUGGCUAUCACCGCUCUCAGAAGGGAUCAGCGGUAUCAGUCCAAUAAUUCCACCUUGGUCAAGCCCUUAUGAUAUUUACACAGCGGCUGUGCAGUAGUUGGUGAGUAAAUACAAUUUCUUUGAUCGCUGCUGGCUGACGGCGCUUCGGAGCCGUUUCACGCUGCUGUUUGAGGAAGGAUGAGCAGGUCAGCACCCCCGCAACGCUGCUGUGCCGUACCCUCCCCUCCCUCUCGGCACGUGCACUUGGGUUAUUUGGCUCCCUCCAAGCCACAGCACUUGGCAAAAUGAACGGUUCUGACCUCGGGGAAAAAGGCUCAGGUUGCAGUUGUAUGUGAUUUUUUUUUUUUUUUCCCUACCAAAUUAAAAGGAGGUAGGCUUCGAGCCAGGCACAGCUGAAGUGGCACGGUCCUUAGCGCAGGCAGAGCCCUCGCAGGUUUCACUCUGACACAUUCACCCCACGUGCCUCACUCACCAGUUAUCCACAGCCCUGCAAGAUGUAUUUUGC